CCUUAUCCCAAGUACACGUGGACAAUAUAUAAACAAGAAAACUGUCAUAAACCCUAAUUCUUUCUUCCAUCUUCAAAGCACUUAUAGAUCUCUCUGCUAUUUAUUUUUUUAAAAUUUUCGAAUCGACCGCUGGCUUUUAAUUUGCUCGGACACAAUUUGCAAUUCUCUACCCGUAAUGCCCUUCGCCGAACUGUCCUGAACCAGAGUGCCCAUCAUUUUUGUGAGAUGGCAACUGAGGGUGCGAAAAGCUUUGCAAGGAGGGAUCGUCUCCUGGAGAUUGAGCAGAAGGCUCGAACUUGGUGGGGGGAGAAAGAUGUAUUCAGGUCUGAACCUGGUAAAAAAUCUCCUGGACCCGAUGAGAAGUUCUUUGGCAACUUUCCGUUUCCGUAUAUGAAUGGGUUUUUGCAUCUUGGACAUGCAUUCUCAUUAUCCAAGCUUGAGUUUGCUGCCGCCUACCAUAGAUUAAGGGGUGCUAAUGUGCUUUUGCCAUUUGCUUUCCACUGUACUGGUAUGCCCAUUAAAGCAUCAGCAGAUAAGCUUCGUCGGGAGAUUCAACAGUUUGGCGAUCCCCCUAUAUUUACUAAAGAAGUGGAGGAGCAAGUAGAAACACAAACAGAGACUGACGAAGCCCCAGGAAAUGUGCCAAUAGAUAAGUUCAAGGGAAAAAAGUCCAAGGCUGCAUCAAAAUCAGGAGGACAAAUGUACCAGUGGGAAAUUAUGCGCAGUUUUGGACUCUCUGAUACUGAGAUAUCAAAGUUCCAGGAUCCAUACGAAUGGUUGAGAUUUUUUCCUCCAUUAGCCAUGGAAGAUCUUAAGGCUUUUGGCUUGGGUUGUGACUGGAGACGUUCAUUUGUGACAACAGAUAUAAACCCUUACUUUGAUUCUUUUGUGCAGUGGCAGAUGAGGAAAUUAAAAUCCAUGGGUAAGAUUGUCAAAGAUGUGCGCUACACAAUUUUCUCUCCCUUGGAUGGCCAACCAUGUGCAGAUCAUGACAGGGCAAGUGGUGAAGGAGUGCAGCCGCAAGAAUACACUAUUAUCAAGAUGGAGGUAUUGCCACCUUUUCCUGCUAAAAUUGGGCCUUUAGAAGGGAAAAAUGUGUUUCUAGCUGCUGCUACAUUGAGACCGGAGACUAUGUAUGGACAAACAAAUGCAUGGGUAUUGCCUGAUGGUAAAUAUGGAGCUUUUGAAAUCAAUGAAACAGAUGUAUUCAUCCUCACCGAGAGAGCAGCCCUCAACCUUGCCUAUCAGAAUUUCUCAAGGUUCCCUCAGAAACCUAGUUGCUUGGUUGAGCUAACUGGUUAUGAUCUGAUUGGUUUACGCUUGAAGUCUCCGCUUUCUUUCAAUGAGGUCAUAUAUGCUCUUCCCAUGUUAACUAUCCUGACAGACAAAGGCACUGGGAUUGUGACUAGUGUACCUAGUGAUGCCCCUGAUGAUUAUAUGGCUUUGCAUGAUUUGAAGGCAAAACCAGCUCUAAGGGCAAAGUAUGGUGUGAUAGAUGAAUGGGUAAUGCCCUUUGAGAUCGUACCAAUCAUCAACAUUCCAGAAUUUGGAGAUAAGGCUGCUGAAAAAGUUUGCAUGGAUCUUAAAAUUAAGAGCCAAAAUGAGAAAGAGAAACUUGCAGAAGCAAAAAGGUUGACCUACUUGAGAGGAUUCACAGAGGGAACAAUGCUGGUUGGAGAAUUAGCAGGGAGAAAAGUCCAGGAAGCAAAGCCGUUAAUUAGGGCUAAGCUCAUUGAGACGGGUGAGGCAAUUAUAUAUAGUGAGCCUGAGAAACGGGUUGUGUCAAGGUCUGGUGAUGAGUGUGUUGUGGCUCUUACGGACCAAUGGUAUAUUACAUAUGGAGAAGAAGAAUGGAGAAAACUGGCUGAGGAAUGCUUAUCCAGUAUGAAUCUCUAUUCUGAUGAGACGCGACAUGGCUUUGAGCACACUUUGAGCUGGCUAAAUCAGUGGGCUUGUUCGCGAUCUUUUGGGCUUGGGACGCGCAUACCCUGGGAUAAAGAUUUCCUUGUUGAAUCCUUGUCUGACUCUACUAUUUACAUGGCUUAUUACACUGUUGCCCACCUGCUUCAUAAUGACGACAUGUAUGGCACAAAUAAGCCUCAUCCCAUUCAGCCUGCACAAAUGACUGAUGAAGUCUGGGAUUUUAUUAUCUGUGGCGGUUCAUACCCCAAAUCAUCUGAUAUAUCUUCAUCUGUACUUGAGAAAAUGAAGCAUGAGUUUGAAUAUUGGUACCCGUUUGAUCUUCGAGUUUCUGGUAAGGACCUUAUCCAGAAUCAUUUGACAUUCUGCAUGUACAACCAUACAGCAAUUAUGGCCAAGCACCACUGGCCUCGGGGAUUCAGGUGUAAUGGUCACAUUAUGCUUAAUUCUGAAAAGAUGAGCAAGUCUACAGGAAAUUUCAGAACACUGCGCCAGGCAAUUGAGGAAUUUUCAGCUGAUGCAACACGAUUCUCUUUGGCUGAUGCUGGGGAUGGUGUUGAUGAUGCAAACUUUGUAUUUGAAACUGCAAAUGCUGCAAUCCUUCGUCUCACUAAAGAACUUUCCUGGAUGGAAGAAGAGAUUCUGGCUGUUGAAUCAUCUCUGAGGAUGGGUCCACCAUCUACUUAUGCUGAUCGAGUGUUUGAAAACGAGAUGAACAUUGCUGUCAAAAUGACUGAGCAAAGUUACAGGGGCUACAUGUUUAGAGAAGCUCUGAAAACUGGGUUUUAUGAUUUGCAAGCUGCAAGGGAUGAGUACAGGUUCUCAUGUGGCACUGGGAACAUGAACCGCGACUUGCUAUGGCGCUUUGUGGAUGUCCAGACACGGCUAAUUGCUCCAAUCUGUCCGCACUAUGCAGAAUAUGUUUGGAGGGAACUUUUGAGGAAGGACGGAUUCGUGGUGAAUGCGGGGUGGCCUACAGCUGGUUCUCCUGAUCUAACUCUGAAGGCUGCUAACAAGUACUUGCAGGACUCAAUUGUUAAUAUGCGGAAGUUACUUCAGAAACAACACUCAGGUUCAAAGAAAGCCAAUAAGAAGGGGGCUCCAGUUGCAACGCUAACUGAAGGCAAGAUGAUAGGCUUGAUAUAUGUAAAUGAGCGAUUUGAUGGAUGGAAGGCAGAAUGCUUGAGGAUACUUCAAAGCAAAUUUGACAGCAACAGUCGUACUUUUGCCCCAGAUACAGAGAUAAUGGAAGCACUAAAGAGUAGUACUGUUGGUCAAGCCACAGAUUUUAAACAAACACAAAAACUUUGUAUGCCUUUCUUGAGGUUUAAGAAGGAUGAGGCCAUUGCAAUGGGGCCUCAGGCCUUGGAUCUGAAGCUACCUUUUGGAGAAUUUGAUGUCCUUCAGGAGAAUGUGGAUUUGAUUAAGAGACAACUUGGUCUUGAAGAGGUGGAAAUAUUUUAUGCAACCAAUGCUGAUGCUGUUGCUAGAGCUGGUUCUCAGGUGUCGGUGCUGAACCAAAAUCUUCCCUCUCCUGGAAAACCAUCUGCCAUCUACUUGACUAGGUGAGCAGGCUCCAUCUGUCCCAAUUAUUUUUCCAACAUCCCUGCCUCUAGACUAAGCUUUAUUAUAGAUGAUUUAGAUGUUUCUUUUGUUUUUUGGUUUUCUAUUUUUUUUAAAAUUAUGUUUUUCUGAAAUUUUUACUUUGUUGUUUUGAAAUUGUCUCCUCAUCUCUGUGAAGGUAGUAGACACAUUCUCCAGAAAUAUGGUGGAAGAAUUCUUGAUUAUAGCAUUGAUAAAAAGUGUUAUAGGUGUUGCUUUAGAUAAAAAACAAGGUUCUCAUAGAAUUUGCUGCUGGGAUGGCAUCAGUUUGAACUUAACAGGAGCAUGUUAUACUAGUGCAUCGCGGCGCCUUUACUUUGAGCUGGUUAAGAUCUUGAAUUUUUGCAUCUGAUGGUCUAGGCGGUUCAUGAACUGGCUUAAGAUAUUUUGUCAAUGUGACGAAUUUCUUAGCUACAAUACUGCACAUUGCCCUGUCAAUUAAUUUCUCUUCUUUUCCUUUUCUUUUUUAUUACCCAAAUUGAGAGAUGCACCUACCGCCAAGCUAAACCUGCAAAUGUCAUUCUUUGUUUCCUUUAGAUGAUAUUACAUGAGAUGUGUAUCCAAUUGCACUUGCAAAUGUUUAUGUAUGUUUGGUUACCACA